UUUGGGUGACCAUAAACCAACUAGUUCUUUAGUGAACAAUCAACAGCGAAACAAUAAACAACAUUAGCGAUGCGGGCUUUAGUUUCAAUAAUUAUUAUCAUUGUCUGCAUAAUUACGCCAAGUCUUUGCAAAACUUGUACAGACCUCUUGCGUGAACUGGCCAACGCUCAAAUGGAAUUCGUUUACUGCAACACGAGGCACGCGCUGCCUGUUCAGGACGAGCGCCUGUGCAAUGGCUGCAAAGUAAGAUUUGACGAAAUGUCAACAUCUUACAGCGAUCUGAUGAAAAGCUGCUCAAAAAUUUACACAGACGCAGAUCGCCUGAAUAUCUUGACAACCACACAAAGUAUGCUGCAGAGCCUGUGGGAUCGUGCCUAUUGCGAGGAGUGCUUCAAGAACAACAACUCCGGGAACUUUACAAGUUUGUAUGACAUUUUCUCGACCUGCUUGGCGGAACACCCAGAUAGCAAGUGCACCAGCUGUCUGCUUGAAUAUAUAAACAUGAACAACUUUUACAAGAAUUUGGAUAAGGAGAGCAAUGGCAAAAUGUGCUUUGACAUGCAGGAUAUAAUGAAUAAAACGCGCGUCCUAUGGUCCAAGGAUCUAAAGUGCUGCAAGCGUGAAGUGAAAAUGUCCACGUUCCUGACGACCGUCGUCGUUGUCGCCGUGCUGCCCAUUCUCCUCCUCUACACCGGCGCCAUUGUGCUCACUAAGCGCCGAGAGGCAAAUCACGGGCUGCUCAACGAGCAGGAGCCGGAACUGGAUGCACCGUCCACAUCUCAGCUCAUUACAGCUGCUAUUCUAUCAACUCCGACGGUGCCGCCAGCUGUUGUGGACUCAAAGCUUAGUAAUAUAUCGAACCUGUUAGCUACACGUGAUUCCGAUUUAUCGAGCGAUGAUGAACCAAUUCUACAUCCAAAACAAAGUAAGCAACUGUUAGGGGAUUCACCGAAAUAAGUUCUAAUGCAUGACACACACAGACAUAUACACUUGUAUGUUAUGCCAAUUUUAUACGAAAUGUUAAAAAAUUUACCUUAAAAAUUAGUCUAAACUGUACGAACUUGUAUUAUGAGCUGUUUAAGUGUGAUAUUGAUCGUGAAUCUGUUUUUUAUAUUUGCUCAGAGCAAUGAUUAUAUACAGCUUAAGUUCUUAAGAUAGUAUACUACAUAUACGAAUUGUUCCAAUAUUGCAAUACAUCAUAUUUAACAUAAAAAUGAAAAGCUUUAUUAUAAAAACCAAUUUUUAUCAAUUAAACAAGUGUACCAAA